UUUAUAAGUUCAACUAAUGUAAAACAAUCACAAGAAACAAGUAGUACUGAAAUAAAUUAAUAACUGUAACAAAUUUACAAAUUAUGGAACACAUACGACAGUAUGACUGGUGCACAUUUCUGCCAGACACUCCUUUUUUUGUCACAGAGUCGGAACUUGACAACUGUGUUACGGAAAAGAUAUUACGGAACAAGUUCUCGAACCCGCUGAUCUCCAGCGACUCUGAGGAAGAAGAGAAGGCUCCAAAGAUUGACUGGAAUCUUGUAUUUAAAAAAAGGAAUAAUGAGCAGAACGUCCACCGCAUCUUCGUGCCGGGGCUCCGCCCCCCGCCGGCCUACACGCGGCUGUCGGCGCUGUCGUCACACCAGCACCACCUUGGGCUGAAGGUGUUAUGUGCAGACAACCCGAGCAUACUGGAGGACGAGUUCAUGGCUAAACCAACUAAGUUUGAUGUGCAAGCUUUUGCGGCAAUACAAGAAACAUUGCAAAAAGAGCAAAAGGAAUACAUAGACUGGGCCAAGAGUCUCUGGGUGAACGGCCAGUGCAUCAGAGCUCUCCGGCCCAAACCUCUAAUAGAGUCCGUGUAUGAGGCCGAGUUCAAAGUGCGGGCUAUCCAGAUGAAGGGGUACCCGAGGUUGUUCGAGCUGGUGGCGCAGAUACCCAUGGAACCGGCCGGGGAGUAUGAUAUGGUGAUGGAAAAGGAGCUUAUUGGAGUAAACCCAUCGGAGCUACUGAAAGUAGAGAAACCGGUGAACAUCCGAAAACAGCUGUCCGUGAUGCGGCUCAGCGCCGUCCCGGAGCCCUGCGACCAGCACCCGGUCCGGUUCAUACUGCCACACGAGAAAAGCAUCUCCGUCCUACCUGUGACAGAAGUGUACCGGACCCUAGCAGAGUACGCGAUAGACAAUGGAGCCCUAUUCAUAGCUAGUGAGGGUGCGCUGCGCUGUAUGGCGGAGCGACGAGCGUGGGCACUACCUGUCUCUGUCUACAGCGUUACACAGCCCGGCCCCUCGCCUGAGAACGUGAACGUGACCGUGCUGGGAAGCGAGUUCCUGAACAAGCAGGAAAACGUGAUGAGGCGCACUUUCAGGGCGCUCAGGCACCUGCUCGAGGUGGCUCUAGUGCCGGCAUCAGAACUGACCAAGAGGUCGCAAGCGCCGGAAGUAGAAGUCGUGCCUGAAACUACAUCUUCACAGGAACCUGUGUGGCCGGACGACACGAGUGACGAGGAAGACAACCUGUUCAUCGACUUCGAUGAAGCCUCGACGAAAGAAAGAGACAUAGAACCACACAGCAAGAAUACAGACGUACAGACAGAGAUGGAAGUGGACAAAUGCACGCCACAGAAAGAGACGAAGAAUACAACAAAUGUUAACAGAAGUUUUAUUGAAGGAUUCGGGGUUUAUAAGUGUACAUGCCAAGAUUCAGUAUUCGAGCGGCCGCCGCCGCGUUCGUUCAGGAAAUGGCGGUUCAGAAAGAAAUCCUCUUCGGAAAGUUUCGAAGUCAUCGUCCACUGCGCGCACAAAUUCAAAGGAUCAGCUGGUGAGAUUCUAUUGGAGCCUGUACCGGAAUACCAGGCGGACAUGGGCGCGAGCAAGCAGUCCGAAGAUAGGAUCACGAGUGUUGCCCUCUCGCUCGCACUCAGGGACAGCAAUACUAGCGUACUCAAUGUGAGACUCGACGCUGAAUCCGGCGACAUCAUCACAACGGAAGAAUGUACCCGCGCGCAGUUCUACUCUGACCACGGUGACCGCAGCCACCACGUGGCCGGCGUGGUACACUCGGCGCUGAGCCAGCUGCAAGGGCUCGUGCCGGGACACUACGUCAUGCAGCACGAGCCAAAUCACGGUCUCAACGCAAUACUCUACGCCCCUCGCAACACGGGCAAAGAGCAACAACUGAAACUAGAGUUCGACAGCACACAACCAGCGGAGGCCGACGAGGCCAAAACUGUCAAGGCCCCGCCGCAGCUGAUCCCGGCCUUAUUACCGUGGCAUAAGUUCCGCAAGGUCCUGCCGUGCACGUUCACGCACUACCAGAACCAGCUGGCCAAGCCCAAGAAGCAGCCGCCUCGGAAGAAGACGCCGCCGCGCGCGCUCAAGAACGAGGAGAAACGCGGACGGCAGAAAAAGUGGCCAAAGAAGCGUGGAGGUCUCAAGAAAGCCGAAUGAAAUGAAGUUGAAUAAAAAUAAAUAAUUAACAUGUUAAAUAA